GAGCGAGAGGAGUUCGGCUCGAGCGAUGGCGGCCUCCAGGGCCUUCCGGCGGCGCAGGGAGGAACCCGAGGAGGACGAGGAGGACGAGCAGCUGGCCGAGGAGGUCAGGUUAAAACUCGAGGAAGCCAAAGAAGUGCAGAGCCUCAGGAAGAGACCCAACGGGGUGAGUGCUGCAGCUCUGCUUGUGGGAGAGAAGUUGCAAGAAGAAGCAACGCUUGUGGAUGACCCAUUUAAGAUAAAAUCUGGGGGGAUGGUGGACAUGAAGAAACUGAAAGAACGAGGCAAGGACAGGAUUAAUGAAGAGGAAGAUCUGAACUUGGGAACUUCGUUCUCAGCUGAAACCAACAGGCGGGAUGAGGAUGCUGACAUGAUGAAGUACAUUGAGACAGAGCUGAAGAAGAGAAAAGGAAUUGUGGAGAAUGAAGAACAGAAGGUGAAGCUUAAGAACGCUGAGGACUCUCUGUAUGAGCUGCCAGAGAACAUCCGUGUCUCCUCGGCCAAGAAGACUGAAGAGAUGCUGUCCAACCAGAUGCUGAGUGGCAUUCCUGAAGUGGACCUGGGAAUUGAUGCAAAAAUAAAAAACAUAAUCUCAACUGAAGAGGCCAAGGCCAAGCUGCUGGCAGAGCAGCAGAACAAAAAGAAAGACAGCGAAACUUCCUUUGUUCCCACAAACAUGGCUGUUAACUAUGUCCAGCACAACAGAUUUUAUCACGAGGAGCUAAAUGCACCGGUGAGAAGGAAUAAAGAAGAGCCAAAGCCCCGUCCGCUGAGAGUGGGGGAUACAGAGAGGCCAGAACCUGAGCGUUCUCCUCCAAACCGCAAACGUCCACCCAACGAAAAGGCAACUGACGAUUAUCACUAUGAGAAGUUCAAGAAGAUGAACCGGCGGUACUGAUGGGGCUGUGCUGAGGGCCUGCGGAGGCGCUCCUUCUGUCUGCCUCUCUCAUGGAGCAUUUUGUGUCAGUAAAUUGCCCUGAAAUGGAGGAGGGGAGCAUCGCUGCCUCCCCGUGUGGGUGUCGUCUGCAGAGCUUUUCUUGUGGUCUCGUGGUCCGUCCGUUUGCGGGUGAUUGUGAAGUCUGGUCGGUAAAAUCUUGUAUAUAACUUAUUUUCUGCUAUAAAGCCUAUUUUGUGAUAACAUCAGCUUUCACGGCGAGUGUUUUUUUUUUUAGUGGGAAGACGGACGUGCCGUUAUGAAUUCUCUCUCCUU